UGUGCUACUCUUGCUCUUGGGUUCUUGUGAAUGUUGGCAUAUUUCAUCUACCUUUUAUCAUUUUUUAUUGGAUCAACGUCUUUGCAUGUACAUGUCGUAACAUGUCCAGUACUGUUACUGAUUUAAUCAUCUCGUUCCAUUCAGCAGGAAGUUCACAAGUUCAUGGUUAACAUUCCAGCAUUUAGGCCACUUUGUUACAGUUUUAGUUUUGCCUUCAAAUGACAAUAAUUAAUUUUUUCAUGAUUAUAGGAAUGGAUGAUGGAACGGUUGGUGUUCAAGAAUCAAGUGACAUGUGUAUUUCAAGCGAUGAUGAUGGCAUUAAGCAACAAAAUGAACGCAGCGCAGAACUUGAACAUGAACAUAGCGAAGCUCAACCAGAUGCAUUAGUUGCAGAACCUGAAUUGGGGAUGGCCUUUGACACCGAGAAUGAGGUGCGAGAGUAUUACAUCAAAUAUGCUAAAGCAAAAGGCUUUGGUGUGACGAGAAGAAGUUCACACAGUGAUGAUAAUGGGCAACUGAAGUACCUUACACUUUCUUGCUCUCGCUAUGGUAAGACUCAAUCGAAGUCAAGAAAUAUGUUGAAGCCAAAUCCAACAGCCGGGAUAGGAUGUAAAGCUAAAAUUAAUAUUGCACGUGGUCCGGAUGGGAAGCUUCAUCUUUCAACGGCGAUUUUGGAUCAUAAUCACACAUUGAGUCCACAAAAAUCUCGGUUAUUCAGAUGCAAUAAAAAGUUAGAUUUCCAUGUCAAGAGAAGGCUUGAGCUGAAUGACCACGCUGGAAUACGAGUAAACAAGAAUUUUAAUUCAUUUGUUGUGGCAGCAGAUGGUCAUGACAACCUGACUUUUGGUGAGAAAAAUUGUCGCAAUUUUCUAGAGAAAACUAGAAGGUUAAAACUUGGUAGCGGUGAUGCUGAAGCGGUUCGCGACUAUUUUGUCAAAAUGCAAUCCAAUCCAAAUUUUUUUAGUGUCAUGGAUGUUGAUGAUGAAUGCCGACUUAGGAAUGUUUUUUGGGCUGAUGCCAGAAGUAGAGCUGUGUAUGAGUCUUUUCAUGAUGUCAUUACUUUUGACACGACAUAUUUGAUGAACAAAUAUGAUAUGCCUUUUGCUUGUUUUGUUGGUGUGAAUCAUCAUGGCCAUUCAGUGCUACUUGGGUGUGCUUUAUUAUCAAAUGAAGAUACUGCAACAUUUGUCUGGUUAUUCAAUGAGGAAGAGUUUGAAGUUAAGUGUUCAUGUCGCCGCUUUGAGUUCAGAGGUAUUCUCUGUAGGCAUAUAUUAUGUGUGCUCACUCACAUGAAAAUAAAGGAGGUUCCUCCACAAUACAUCCAUGAUCGGUGGAAAAAGAAUGUGAAAAGAAAGCAUAACUUUAUCAGAUGCACAUAUGGCGGCAUGGAAGACACACCUGUUGCAAAACGCUUUGAUAGAUUGUGUGAAUCUUUCUACCCAAUUGCGGAGAUAGGCGCCAUGUCAGAUGCUUCAUGCAAUUCUUUGACUGAAAAGCUUCACGCUCUCAAAAUUGAGUACUCUAGCAACUCAAUUUCUGAAAAUGACAAGAAUCAGGUUGGCACACAGGAAGAUGCGCCAUCAGAUGGGAAGACAACAAGUAAAACUAUUCUAAGUCCAAUACCUGUUAGAUGUGCUGGACGUCCUCCUUCAUUGAGAAAGGAAUCGAAGGUUGAUAAGCUUAUUCGUCAAGCAAACGAUAAGAAGAAGAAAGCUGAACAAAGGGACAAGAAAAAAGCAGAACAGGAGAAAAAGAAAGCUGAACAAAGGGACAAGAAAAAGGCAGAACAGGAGAAGAAGAAAGCUGAACAGAAGGCUCACUCCACAAAUUUAAACAACAAAAGGUGCAAUAAUAAAAGAAAACAACCAGAGGAUGAUAUUGUACAACAAGAUGUUAUGGAUUAUGCGAGUCAGGAAGGUGUUUAUUUGCAAGGUGGAGCUUCUAGUAGCAUACCUGAGGGAUCAUUUGAGGUGGGCACUACCACUGGCAACAUAAAUCCAACACCAACAGCUGCAAUACCGUAUGGAGGUUCAUCGACAAUGGUUAUGCCUCCAAUUCUAGGAGAAUAUACAAGCAUGUUGUUUCAAGUUCAGCAAGGAUCGACUCCAAUGUCCGGUCCUACAGAAUUACACUUUGAUGGAACUGGAGGGCUGAGCAAUACGACGGACCAGAGUUAA